AAACCAAAUUUAUUCUCUCUCUCGCCAUUUAAUUCUAUUGAACUGCACUUCACUGCUCGAACACUUCCCUCUCUCUCUCAGAAAUCCGUCUCUGGGAAACCUUAAUUACACAACUCUCUCUCUCUCUCUCUCUCUCUCGACAUAGCGGAGCCCUAACACUUUCCCCUCAGAAGUUGAUGUGGAUACUGAAGAGACAGAUGGGGAUCCAGAGGCUAAUCUGAUCUUUCAAUCGCUGUUUCAUGUAAAGUCAAUACAAUGGGUUUUGAGAAGGAUGGUUCAAAAACUGGAGGAGGCUAUGUUGGUGGUUUCUUUCAGUUGUUUGAUUGGACAUCAAAAUCUCGGAAGAAGUUAUUCUCAAGCAAGUCUGAAUUACCUGAACGUUCAAAACAAGGAAAGAAAUGUGGUGGGAACUUGCCAACGACACGUUUUGAUUUCAUGGAUGAGGAUGAAACAGGAGCAGGAUCCAGCGUCAAAGGUAGUGAUUAUAGCUGUGCCUCAUCAGUUACAGAUGAUGAUGGAUACGGAGCAAGGGCCCCUGGGGUGGUUGCCAGGCUUAUGGGUUUAGAUUCUAUUCCGACAUCUAAUUUUUCUGAGUCCUACUCUACUCCCUUUUCUGAUACCCAAUCUCUUCGAGAAGUACGACAUCACAGGAAGAAUUACGAUUAUUCAGACCAUCAAAUCAUGUAUUCUGGAAACCUACGUAAUAAAGUGGAGGGCUCUUCCCGGUACUUCAUGGAGUCAAAGCCUCAAAAGAUAAACAAACCCAUUGAGAAAUUCCAAACCGAAGUUUUACCUCCUAAAUCAGCCAAAUCAAUUCCGAUUACCCAUCACAAACUUCUUUCUCCAAUAAAGAAUCCUGGCUUCAUCCCAACUAAGAAUGCUGCACAUAUAAUGGAAGCAGCUGCAAAAAUAAUUGAGUCUAGCCAGCAUGCUAAGGAGGCCAAGGCCAAAAUGCCCCUGGUUGGAUCAUCUUCAGUACCACUAAGAGUUCGAGAUCUGAAGGAAAAGGUGCAGGCUGCGCAGCAAAUGUCUUCAGCAGACUCUUCUUCUGCAUCCUUAAAAGCCCAUGAUCUGAAAGAGAGAGUUGAAGGUGCAAAUAAAACAUCCAGGCCUGCGGAAGCUUUUCAAAGGUCCUUUGAGUCAAAUGCGGCCAAAUAUCUCAAGGGACAGCCUUUGAAUAAGAGCUGGAAUGGAUCUGUAGAUUCUUCUUUUCGGGAUUCCCCUGAUAGAGACCAAAGUUCUUAUGGUUCAAAAAACAAAGGGAGGUCCAUUUCCCUUGCAAUCCAAGCAAAAGUCAAUGUCCAAAGAAGGGAAGGUUUAAAUCCAAGUAGCAGCCGAGGCUUGGUAGGCCUAAAAGAACCGAGUGAGGUUAAGUCAAGCAUUCCCUCUAGGAGACAACCACCUACACAUAAGAAUUUGCAUAAGAAAUCUUCCACGCACAAUGCAUCCGGUGUUCUUAGGCAGAACAACCAGAAACAAAAUUGCCGAAUAGAUAAAGAGAGAUCAGCUCCAAAAACAUCCACUUCCAACUUGUCUGCUAAAAAAGUAUUGUCUGGGCAUCCUUCCUAUGGGCAGCAGAGAACUUUAAAUAGGACAGCUGGCUCCAAAAUUGGAUUGAGGAAGGGUUUGGAGGAAACAGAUAGUGAAAAGGGAACCACUCAGCCCAAUAUGAAGAACUUUCCUAGAAAGAAAAGGUCACUUGACCCUGACAUACACUUUGAAAAAAAUCGAGUAGCUGAGAGUGCGUUGAUGGACAUUGAUGAGAAGCCAGUUAAAUCUAGUCCAAUUUUUGAAAAGCAUUUUAGUUGGCCUGAAGAAAACAAAAGGAAAUCCAUGGAUGUUGUUUCAUUUACAUUCACAGCUCCUCUCACACGAUCAUCAUCAGGGCAGUUGGAGCAGAAUACUAAUGGUGUUGGCAUGGAUAAUAGAGGGAAGAGAUUGUUCCUUGACGCCGAUGGAAUGAAGUUCUCUUCGGUGGGGUAUAAUGUUAUAGGGGGAGAUGCUUUGAGUUCACUUUUGGAACAAAAGUUAAGGGAUCUAUCUUAUGGAAUUGAGUCUUCCUGCAGUGGUUCCAUGAAAGUGGGAUCAACUUCUAGUUCCACGUCAAUUUUACAAGAUGCCACAUCAACUGCAAACACAGGAAGAAUUGUGCCUCGGUUGCAGUACAAUAAAAAUCAGCAUGCUCUUCAUGGAGAUAAACUGAGUAGCUCUUAUGACUCUGACUUAUUCUCCAACGAUCAUCCAAUUUUCAGGUCUGAAAACGCGUUUCAGGGAGCUGAUUAUGUGGAUGAGGUUAACAGCAAGCAUAAUGAUUUUAGGAAGUUGCUUGAUUGUCGACUCCCCAGUCCAAUCUCUAUUCUUGAACCUUCUUUUUCAAAUGAAAGUUGCAUCUCAUCAGAUUGUACAAAUAGUAGUAGCACAGAAGGAAGUAAACAGUGUUCGUCAGUGCAAGCUGUAGAAGUACUUGGCUUGAGUUCUUUAAAGAAGUUAAACUGCGUAGAGGCUGAUAUAGAAUUAUCAGAUUCUGCUUCCUCUAUAUCAACCGGAGGUGUACCUGGAAAGCAUUUGGAUACAAUAACUGUUACACAUUCCACAAAAUCAACUCCAUGGGACCUAGAAUAUGUGAGGGAGAUACUUUGUAAUGUAGAACUGAUGUUUAAAGACUUCACAUUAGGCCGGUCUCGUGAGAUCAUCAACCCUCAUCUGUUUGAGCAGUUAAACAGUAGAAGAGGGAGUUCUGAAACUGUUCAUGGCGUGUCUAAGCUACAGCGGAAGUUAUUAUUUGAUUGUGUGAGUGAAUGCUUAGACCUAAGAUGCAGGCGUUAUGUGGGAGGGGGAUGCAAGUCAUGGGUGAAAGGGACAGCAACAGUGAGAAGAAAGGAUCGGUUGGCAGAAGAAGUUAUUAAGGAGAUUUCUGGUUGGAAAGGAAUGGGGGAUUGCAUGGUGGAUGAGCUUGUGGACAAAGACAUGAGUCAAUAUGGAAGAUGGUUGGACUUUGAAGUUGAUGAAUUUGUACUUGGAGUGGAAGUUGAGAGUCAAAUUCUUGAUUCUUUGGUUGAUGAAAUGGUUAUUGAUAUCUUGCAGUUUUAAUUAAUGCCUUGAAGGAUUAUGAUUGCUCAACCUCAGUGCAAGUCUCCUCCUUUGUUUUCUGUUGAUGAUCUUGUCAUUGUAAUUACUGCUUCAUUUAUUCCUAAACCAUUCUAUUCCUUUU